AGCUCCAUAGAGACAGUGCCGGGGCAAGUAAGAGCCGGACGGGCACUGGGCUACUCUGUGCGGCGCUGAGGGAAAGUAAUCAAAAUGGGCAAAGGUGAUCCCAAGAAGCCGAGGGGGAAAAUGUCCUCAUAUGCCUUCUUCGUGCAAACCUGCCGGGAGGAACACAAGAAGAAGCAUCCAGAUGCUUCUGUGAACUUCUCAGAAUUUUCUAAAAAAUGCUCAGAAAGGUGGAAGACAAUGUCUGCUAAGGAGAAAGGAAAAUUUGAGGACAUGGCAAAAGCUGAUAAGGUUCGUUAUGAAAGAGAAAUGAAAACCUACGUACCACCUAAAGGAGAAACAAAAAAGAAGUUUAAGGAUCCCAAUGCGCCGAAGAGGCCUCCUUCAGCAUUUUUCUUAUUCUGUUCUGAGUAUCGUCCAAAAAUUAAAGGGGAGCAUCCCGGUCUUUCUAUUGGAGAUGUGGCAAAAAAAUUGGGAGAAAUGUGGAAUAAUACUGCUGCAGAUGACAAGCAACCUUAUGAAAAGAAGGCAGCUAAACUGAAGGAAAAAUAUGAAAAGGAUAUUGCUGCAUACCGGGCUAAAGGAAAGCCUGAUGUUGGGAAAAAGGGAGGAGUUGUCAAGGCUGAGAAGAGCAAGAAAAAGAAGGAGGAGGAGGAAGAUGAAGAAGACGAGGAGGAAGAUGAAGAAGAUGAUGAGGAGGAUGAAGAAGAUGAUGAUGACGAUGAAUAAGUUGGUUCUAGAGCAGUUUUUUUUCUUGUCUAUAAAGCAUUUAACCCCCCUGUACACAACUCACUCCUUUUAAAGAAAAAAAAAAUUGAAAUGUAAGGCUGUGUAAGAUUUGUUUUUAAACUGUACAGUGUCUUUUUUUGUAUAGUUAACACACUACCGAAUGUGUCUUUAGAUAGCCCUGUCCUUUAGUGGUAUUUUCAAUAGCCACUAACCUUGCCUGGUACAGUAUGGGGGUUGUAAAUUGGCAUGGAAAUUUAAAGCAGGUUCUUGUUGGUGCACAGCACAAAUUAGUUAUAUAUGGGGAUGUAGUUCAUUUUCAUCUUCAGUUGUCUUUGAUGCAGCAUAUGAAAUAAUUGUUGUUCUGUUAACUGAAUACCACUCUGUAAUUGCAAAAACAAAAAAAAAGUUGCAGCUGUUUUAUUGACAUUCUGAAUGCUUCUAAGUAAAUACAAUUUUUUUUAUUAGUA